AUGGCUCUAGAUAUAGAAGCUUCUACUGAGGCUUCUUUAACGGCUGCUUUAGGGGAAAGACUUGUUGCCCUGGAAAAGCAGUUUUCAGAGCUACAGGCGAAAUAUGCCCUGCUAUCGGAGACUAAAGACAACUCGAAUAAAACCAGUGACCAGCCUGCUGAAAAAAAGGAGUCUAAUCCCCAGGUGAAAUCAAAUGAUUCGAAAGCAACCGACGAGAGCAAGAGUGGCCCCAAAUCCCGAGUCAAAUUACUCAAGACGGUCAAAAACCCUGAGACCGGCGAACGCGAGGAGGUCGAGAGCGACACCCCGCAAUCCAAAACUGAAGCUGACUCCGACAUCGCGUUCGUUUUGAAGAAAACAGUUCCAGAUAAAUUUUCCGAUCCAUAUGACCUGUCUGAAAUAGACAUCAUCAACCUCGACUUGUGGGAACUCUUGAAAGAGCACUUGGGUGCCUAUCCUUAUCACAUAUUUCGCGGUUCACCAGUUACUCUUUUUUCACCAUACGAGGCUCUCGUAUUUGAAUGGGAUGUUCUCCGAGCUGCUUCCGUCGAAGAACCAAAGAAUGAAGAAGAUAAGCAAGCCAGAGAGGACUUGAAGCUACUUCUUGAUCACUUGUCAAGCGGCUCAUCGGGUGAUUACAGACUGGACAAGUAUUUCAAAGAACAGAAACCGACUCUGCGACCACAAAACAUUCAGUUUGAUGACCUGUGGACAAUCUUCCCACCAGGAAUGCUGGUUUACGGCAAGCCUUUCCAAAACCAACAUCAGGUUUUCAUCGUUCAAGAUAACAUGGGAGCAUGGCCAGAAGACAAUGGCAGUGUAAAGGGAGCCAAGCCCUGGAAAAUGACCUGUUGGACUUACGAUUGGAAUGGAUUUGAAUUUGAGCGAACACCAUUCAUGAUCGUGUUUGAACCAUUUGAAGGAUAUAAGCCCCUGGCAGCGUUGCCUUACUUUCCAUUUGAGCACCACCCUAACCACGAACAAGUGAAAGAAGAAAUGAUUUUGCGUGGCAAAGAGUUUCAAAAGCUGUGUGCUGCUGGAGGCUCGCCGCGCCUAUUUGACUACAAAGGUGAUGCCAUAUUUGGAAGAAAAGGCUUCAAUGGAAUGGCCCAAGGAGAUAAUGAUGACAGCGACUCCAAAUCUCACGAUACAUCGUGGCUCCGUCGCGCAUUGGCGAGGUCAACCUCUAUCGAUCAAGUACCUCCCUCGACUGCAAAGCCAUAUAACACAGAUGGCAGGGUCAUGGUUGAUUACCUAUCCUAUUUUGAAUACGGAAAUUCGAAUGCACGAAAUGGAACCCUUGAUCGAAGCUGGCUGGAUCCACCUUGCACAUGCUCAGAUUGUCGAUCCAAUGAUGAGUUGGCAACGAAAUAUCGAGAAUAUUUUGAUUCCAAGCCGCAGAACAGAAAAUUGGACGACGAACAAUACCUGCUCUUCCCACCUCGCGUGUUAGGAUAUAUUCUCAAGGAAAAACAAUGGGCGCAGUUGCAAGUUUCUCUUAUCAAAGAUAUCCCGAAGAAUGAUCCCAACGACGCUUGGUCCUCUCGCCUGCGACUUGCUGACGAUGACACCAAAAGUCUACUUUAUGAUCUUGUGAAGAGCCACACCUCGUUGGGAUCACAAUCUGAGGACUCGAAACAAAAGAGGCUUGAAGUUGAUGAUAUCAUCCCAGGAAAGGGGAAGGGCCUAGUCAUUCUUCUAUACGGCCCUCCUGGUGUGGGAAAAACAUCCACGGCUGAAACAAUUGCUGUCGCAACACAAAAGCCUCUCUUCUCGGUCAGCGUCGCAGACGUUGGCACCCAGGCCAAGAACGUCGAAUCCAAUCUUUCUAGAAUAUUCAGUCUAGCCACUACAUGGCAAGCUAUUCUGUUGAUUGACGAGGCCGAUGUAUUUCUUGAGAGCCGUGGAAGGGGCCCCGCGUCAUCAUCAACUGAUAAGAACGCACUUGUUUCAGUAUUCCUUCGAGUUCUUGAGUACUACCAAGGUAUUGUAUUCCUCACGACGAACCAAAUUGCUCAGUUUGACGUUGCCAUCCCUUCACGUAUUCAUCUUGCCAUUCAAUACAAGAGUCUCACACAGAACCAAAUGAGGGAUAUUUUCCAAGGCUUCCUUAAGCCCCUUGACGACAAAGGACUGGUAGAUGAUUUAGAUGACAUCCUUGACUGGCUCAAGGAAGAUGUGUACAAUACCGGAUUUGACGGCCGUCAAAUCAGAAAUAUUGUCACAACUGCCCUUGGCUCGGCACGAGCAGAUUACGAGCGGGGCAAAGGCAAAGGAAAACUUUGCAAGAAGCAUCUCAAACCGAUUGUUCAGAAUACGCGCCUUUUCAAGCUUGACUUCAAUGUGCAGUAUGAUCGGUACAUCAGAUCCCAAGAGUCGAUGAUCAAAUGA